AUGACGAGUCUGCAGCAAUCUCCCGUCGGCGAGGGCAGCGGCAGCAGCCGCGACCGCACCGACAUGAUGAGCAAGCGGCUCUCCGUCUCAGGCGCCGGCAACCGCAACACCAAUCGAUACUCUGUCACCGCCCUCUAUUCUAUGGCCGCAGAACAAGACGUCGAAGUCGAAGAUGAUCUCGCUCGCGCUCAGAAGCGUCUUAGAGAGCUCAAGGGUCGCAUCUCGGCACAGUCCAAAAAGAACUUUGUCCUCGAACGAGACGUACGCUAUCUCGACAGCCGUAUCGCUUUGCUCAUUGCCAACCGUAUGGCCCUCGACGAACAGAACGAAGUCGCAUCGACACUCGAAGAGACUGAUUCAUCCACCGUAGGAACCUCGUUGGACGACCGCAAAAUGCAGCAGUACGGCAAUUUCUUCUUCCUCCUCCAAUCCGAACCAAGGCAUAUUGCCGCGCUUUGUCGACUCGUGAGCCUGGCAGAGAUCGACACGCUCUUGCAGACCGUCAUGUUCACCCUCUACGGUAAUCAGUACGAGUCCAGAGAAGAGCAUUUGCUGCUCACCAUGUUCCAGUCCGUCCUCUCCGCCCAAUUCGAGACUGCCACCGAGUUUGGCUCGCUCCUCCGCGCCAACACGCCCGUAUCGCGCAUGAUGACCACCUAUACCCGUCGAGGUCCCGGUCAGUCCUACCUCAAAAGCGUUCUGGCAGAGCGGAUCAACAGCCUCAUCGAGCACAAAGACCUCAACCUUGAAAUCAAUCCGCUCAAAGUCUACGAGCAGAUGACCAACCAGAUCGAAGAGGAUACCGGCAGCCUCCCGCCCAAUCUCCCACGUGGUGUGCCCGCCGAGGUUGCCUCGGAGAAUGCCGAUGUGCAGGCCAUCAUCGCGCCCAGGCUGACCAUGCUCAUGGAGAUCGCCAACAGCUUCCUCCAGACUAUCAUCAACUCGAUCGAGGAAGUGCCCUACGGUAUUCGUUGGAUUUGCAAGCAGAUUCGCAGUCUCACCAAGCGCAAGUACCCCGACGCCACCGAUCUGGCCAUCUGCUCGCUCAUCGGAGGCUUCUUCUUCCUGCGCUUCAUCAACCCAGCCAUCGUCACACCGCAGGCGUACAUGCUCGUCGAUGGUCCUCCCGCCAAGCAUCCGCGCCGUACCCUCACGCUCAUCGCAAAGAUGCUCCAAAACCUUGCCAACAAGCCAUCUUAUGCCAAGGAGCAGUACAUGAUGUCGCUCGAACCUUUCGUCGAGAACAACAAGACCCGCAUGAACGCCUUCCUCAACGCCCUCUGCGACGUCGGCGACUUUUACGAGACGCUCGAGAUGGACCAGUACAUGGCGCUGUCCAAGAAGGACCUCCAGAUCCAGAUCACGCUCAAUGAGCUGUACAACACGCACUCGCUCGUCGCACAGCACCUCGACAUCCUCGCGCCCAACGACAAGCACCACCUCCGCAUCCUCAUCGACGAACUCGGAGGCUCGCCGGGUCAGGUCCCACGCAAGGAGAACCGCACGCUGGACUUGCCGCUCUUCUCGCGUUGGGAGACGCCCAUUCAGGAUCUCACCACCGCCUUCAUGUCCGAGAACAACGUGACGCAGAACGACAUCUUGUACAUGGAGACCAAGUCGAUCUUCGUUCAGCUUCUCCGUUCCAUUCCCACCCUCGCAGAGAAGCGACCCAUCAACCUGCCGCAGAUCGCAGAGCGAGCUGCGACGACCAAGGAUGCCACACUGGUGCGCAAGGGCAUCAAGGUCAAGGAGAUGCUGCGCGAGCUCGAGGAGCUCAAGGUGGUCGACCGACGAGACGGCUACAGUCUCAUGACGGAUGAAGUCGCCACCGAGCUCACUCAUCUCGGCAACAUGCGCGAAAAGGUGAUGCAGGAGAUGGGAAGCCUCGAGUCGGUCUAUAAGACCAUCUGCGAGCACAACAAUUACAUGCGCAGUCAGCUCGACACGUACAAGAGCUACCUCCAGAACGUGCGCAUGACGAGCGGCAGCGCUAAGGACAAGAGUGCGGGCGGAGUUGGCGUCAUCUCGGUCGGUGGCAAAGAGAAGAAGGCGCCCAAAACGCAGGCGUUAGGCCCUUACCGCUUCACCCACGCCCAGAUGGAAAAGGACGGCAUCAUCGUCGAAAGCAACGUGCCCGACAACCGUCGUGCCAAUAUCUACUUCAACAUCACCUCGCCCUCUCCCGGUACGUUUAUCAUCGCGCUGCACUACAAGGGCCGAGAGAAGGCGAUCCUCGAGAUGGAUCUUAAGCUGGACGACCUGCUCGAAAAGCAGAAGGACGACGUCCAGCUGCUCGAUCUGGAAUACGUCCAGCUCAACGUCUCCAAGAUCCUCCAGCUGCUCAACAAGACGUUCACCAAGCGUCGUUGA